CCUUUGGUCCUCCGGCUCGGUUCCCCCGGUGUGGUGUCCUCCUCGUACUGGGCCUUGGCGGGGGGGGGAGGGGGAGGCCUAGGGCAAUUUUCAGUCUCCUAGCAACGGGUGACGGAGCCGCAGUCUAGGGGAGUGCGGUGCCAGCCUCGCAGCUGCGGCGCUGGCCGGAAUCACCGGCCCGGCCCAAACGAGAGCUGAAACCCGGAGCGCGGAAUAGGCGGAAAUGGCGGACGAGGCGUUGUUUUUGCUGCUCCAUAACGAGAUGGUGGCCGGAGUGUACAAAUCCGCGGAGCAGGGGGAGGUGGAAAAUGGGCGAUGUAUUACUAAGCUGGAAAACAUGGGGUUUCGAGUGGGACAAGGAUUGAUAGAAAGGUUUACAAAAGAUACUGCAAGGUUCAAGGAUGAGUUAGACAUCAUGAAGUUCAUUUGUAAAGAUUUUUGGACUACAGUAUUCAAGAAACAAAUCGACAAUCUAAGGACAAAUCAUCAGGGCAUCUAUGUACUUCAGGACAACAAAUUUCGUCUGCUUACUCAGAUGUCUGCAGGAAAACAGUAUUUAGAACAUGCAUCUAAGUAUCUAGCCUUUACAUGUGGCUUAAUCAGAGGUGGUUUAUCAAACUUGGGGAUAAAAAGUAUUGUAACUGCCGAAGUGUCUUCAAUGCCUGCUUGCAAAUUUCAGGUGAUGAUACAGAAGCUGUAAACAUACUGAAAUGCAAGACUUCUACAGUGUAAAGACAAAUUAUUCCCAUGUAAGCAUUUUAAAUAAUGAUGUAACUACAUUGCUGGAUGUUUGUACAGGAGUAAGGGUGUAUUUUAUCAAUUUAAUGCAGACUAAGUUAAAGCAGAUAAAAGGUCAUUCUACCAUGGCAUAAACUUUAAUGAAACUAUUCAAAAUGGAAACUUGAUUUCAAAUAACUGGACACCAAAAUGCAUUCUAAAUAUUUUUAUUUACUUAGAGUGAUAACCACAGAUGGAACUUAGGUUCUGUUGAAGUGGCAUAAAGAAAAGUAUGCCCCAGUCAGGAUCAUUUGUGUUAAGGAUGACUGAUGUUAGAUAAAGUGUGAAUCUAUUUUAGUUAUUUUUAAAAAGCAAACAGUACACUAAAUUAAGUUUAACUUUUUAUUUUGUUGCUUGUAAUUUAUUUUUAUGACUGUAUAAGGAUUUGCUAUAUACAUUUCGUGUACAUGUGUGAAUACAGAUAUAAAUACAAAAUGACCUUAAAUUGCUUGAAAACUUAAUUUCAUUUUAAUACGUUUUCAUAGUUGAGAGCGCCGUAGAUGUAAUAAAAGUGAAAUACAGAUUA